GCGUUUUUAAUGUCUCUCAUGGACGCUACAGGACUAACAGGAACCGCAACGCUGCUGUGGAAUCGUACUGCUCGCAGAAUACCGACGUUUCUCGUUGUUUUGUAAAUUUAUCCCUGACACACACACACACAUACACACACACACAGAGGAAGUUUCUCCUCCUCACAGGAAGAUUUGUUUGAGGAGAAGCGCCUCCGCGCACCAUCGCUCGUGCAGCAUCCCUCGCGCAGCGUCGCUCGCGCGGACUGAUGCUUCCUUAUCUUUCCUUAUCUGGUUGUUUUUGUUAUUAAGAAGUCAUUGUAAGUGUGUGUUCUUAUUUGUAUUUAUUUUAUUUUUUUUUGCCUUUUUUUCUCAUUCUGUUUUGGUAAAUGAGUGUAUGAGAUCUGCAGCAGGUUCAGGUGGACGUGUGUGUACUGCUGAAGUAGUUCACAUCUCCUAGAGACAAAAAACAAACAAACAAACAAACAAACAAAAAAAACCCUGUAACUUAACUGUCUGUGUUAAUGGAGGGAUUAAACAACACAGGAUAUCUUUACAGUCCGUGAGGACAAAUUUGGGAUUUUUGCAGGUUGUUCUUGUAGGAGAAUAUUGCUGAAGGAGGAAUCAUGAACAGCGUUACGGAGCUUGAGGAUGGACCGCAGCACAAGGCUCAGAGGACGAGCUGUAGUUAUCUCCUUUGCACAAUUCUCCUCUUCGUCGCUGUGCUCCUAGCUGUUACUGUAACAGGCACCAUCCUCUUAAUGAACCACUCCCAGGCACCCUCAGGCCCCGAUGCUCCACCCCUCAUCACUACUAAUCAAGACGAAGGCAACGCCCUGGUGACUGUAGAGAGAGGCGACGGCUCCCGCAUUAACAUCUUUAUCGACCCCAACUGCCCCGACUACAACAGCAACUUCCUCCGACUGGAAGGGUUACAGACGUCACUGCUGCACUCGCUCAGCCACCACGAUACUGACCUGAAGUCCGUGAAGGGACAGGAGCGAGCAUUGCUCGUCCAGUUGGCUGAGGAAAUUGCCAAGCUGUCAGCCCACGGGAGCCAGCUGAAGGCGGAGUACAGCGCUCUGAGGCAGGGCCAGAGCAGCAUCAGUCAGGAGAUCAGCAUGCUGCAGUCUGAGCAGGCCAGACUCCUCCAGCUGUUGUCCGAGAGUCAAAGUAACAUGAUGAAGGUCAUGAACACGAUGAGUGACGUGUUCGAGUCCAUGCAGAAGGAACCCGGCAGUACGAAGGUGUUCCUGAAGGCAGACUUGCAAAGGGCCCCAGUGCGUAGCGGCAUCCGGCCCCGGGGCUGCUCCAGUGGAGAGGGCAGACCAAGAGACUGCAGUGACAUCUAUGCUAGUGGUCAGCAUGAAGACGGGAUCUACUCAAUCUUUCCCAUACACUUCCCCUCAGGCUUCCAGGUUUACUGUGACAUGAGCGCUGAAGGGGGUGGCUGGACGGUGUUCCAGCGCAGAGAAGACGGCUCCGUAAACUUCUACAGAGAUUGGGCUGCGUACAAAGAGGGAUUUGGCAAGAUUACAGGGGAACACUGGCUUGGUCUAAAGCGGAUUCAUGCUCUGACCAUUCAGGCUAAUUAUGAGUUGAGGAUCGACUUGGAGGACUUUGAGAACAGCACUUCCUUCGCCCAGUAUGGAUCCUUUGGCGUGGGAUUGUUCUCGGUUGACCCGGAUGAGGACGGCUACCCGUUGAGCGUUGCAGACUACUCGGGAACCGCCGGUGACUCAUUGCUUAAACAUAAUGGCAUGAAGUUCACCACGAAGGAUAAGGACAACGAUCACUCGGAAAACAACUGUGCCUCCUUCUACCACGGAGCCUGGUGGUACCGCAACUGCCACAUGUCCAACCUGAACGGGCAGUACCUCCGCGGCCAGCACUCGUCCUACGCCGAUGGCAUCGAGUGGUACUCCUGGACUGGUUUGCAGUACUCCCUAAAAUUCACAGAGAUGAAAAUCAGGCCUACGUGCGAGCAAAACGAAUGAGCGGAGCACGAGCAUGUAGGUGUGAAAGACACUAUGUAAAGAAAUGUACAAGGACUGUAUGGCGACGUAUUCUUCUCCUGUUCUGUGUGGUUCUGUUUCCAAAUCCUUUUUCCAUCCUCCACCAUUCCAGUCGUAGUGUAGUGGUAGUGAUAAAGCAGACUCUAGCUGGUUGCUUUUCUGAAUAUUAUAAAACCAUGAAGUCUGUUAUGUCUUACGGUUAUUGUUGAAAUGUCUAAAAAAAAAAAAAAAAACACAACUUCCUGUGUAAUUUAGUAAGGAUUUGUUUGGAGUUUUUUUUUUAAAAAGCCAACAAUUAUCCUUAUUUUCAGAAACUUUAAGGCUGUAUUAUGUACAGAUGUUGUUUUUAUUGGUUUAUUCUGUCAUCAAGCUUUGUUAAGUCUUGAAAGCUAAGUAUUUCAGCCACUUGAGCCUGAAGGAAAGCAGAGAGAGAGAGAGAGAGAGAGAGAAAGAGAGAGAGAAUGCUCAAUUUCUUUUCCAGCACUUCAAUGGCACCACGCAGCAAAAUGCACAAUUACCGAGAGGCUAUUAUACAUGGUACAGAGAUACCGAAUCCCAGUUCGGAGAGAGCUUGUCAUAUCAUGUUGUUCAGUAAUUAAUCACAAUGAGCCAGAGGGACAAGGAGUGAGAGGAAUUAUUACAUUAAUGGAAACCUUAUUAUAAUAACAUGCUCACUUCUGAUUGCAAGUGCACUCCAUAUACAUGGAGUACUAUGGAGUAGAUUACAACAAUUAGUAAUUGCUGGUGAUCAUGUGCAGUUUAGUAAAGGAAUGUUAACUUAACUACAGCUCAUCUCAUUAUACACCGAUCAACCAUAACAUUGACAUAACAAAACAUUAACACAGUAACGCUGAUUAUUAAUUAUAUACCAGUAAACUGGUGACAGGAUCAUGGGCGCUCAAGGCUCAUCCGUCCCCAUGUGGACAAAAGGCUAGCCUCUCUAGUUAGAUCGCACCAAAAAAAAGCCAAUUCAGCACAAAUUGAAGGAUGGUCGCAAUAGAAACUUAGUGUACCACAGCCUGCCUUGCACAAGGUCCAGCAGGCAAAGAGGCCAAGACUGCCAACCUGGCCUCUAAACUCCACAGAUUCCAAUCUGAUCAAGCACACAUAGGAUGCAGCAGACGAAACAAUCAAUUCAUAGAGAUUCUGCCCUCGAACAUAUAGCACAAAAAGGAUCUGAGCCCGAAAGGCCACAGCAGUCCUAUACAAUACAGGGCAUAAUUUUUUUCCAUUCUGGUGUUAUGAAUGAUUGGAGUUUAUGCAUUACAUUUACUAGUUCACUUUAAAGAAAUUAGAUUUGUUUGUGAUUUAGAGCUGAAACCUACUCUAAGCAUUAAAUGACCAAAAGUUUUCGGAUACCUGGACAUUAAAUCCACGUGUUGGACUUCAACAAACUGCUGCUAUUUUCGAAUGCUGUAGCAUUACAAUUUCCCUUCACUGGAAUUCAAGAGCUUGAACCUGUUCCAACUCCUGUCCACAAAGCAAGCUCAAUGAAAACACGGUUGGAGUUUAAAGUAGAAGAACUCAAAUGUCCUGCACAGAACCCUGACCACAACUCCACUGAAAGCUUUUGGAAUGAACUGGAAAGCUAACUGCACCUCCUCACCUGAUAUCACUUGUGCCUGACAUCACUUAUGCUCUUAUGGACGAAUGAGCACAGCUAAAGUACUGUGCAGAAGUCCUGAGGCAGCUCUCAUUUCUUCAUAUUUUGCUCACAAAGAGCCAGCCUUUCUUGUAUUUUUAAUGGGGUCUUGAGAAAUAGUUCUUUAGGACUUUUUAGGCUCUUAUUUUCACCACGGUUUUGGCUCUCAUUUUCAGUCCAUUCCCUUUACCUGAGCAGUUUUCUUUUUUUUUUUUUUUGUUAAGAUGCACUGUGAAUUAUGAAUUAUUAAAGUAUAAAAAGUAGAUAGCAUAAAGGAUAACAAACUGUAUAUAACUGUAGGCGGUGAGAAACAGGUGCAGAUGAUGAUGGAUGAUCAAGGCGGAGAUUAGACGAGAGGGGAAACAAGGUUGCUGCUGAGGUUGUAAAUAACCAAUUUUAUCUGUUGUAUCUUUACUUUGUUGUAACUUCGCGGCCUGUCACAUUAAAUUGUCACAUUUCUUCCCAUUUGUGUUUUUUAAUCUACAUAAUUUAAUUGAAUUUAAUUUAAUAGGAAAAAAUGAGAGUUGAUUCAAGACUUUUGCAUGGUACUAUUAGUUAUAAAGGCAAAUAUGGACCAAAUCUGACAUUGGCUGUUCAACUAGCAUAUGGGUGUGAUGGUCAGGUGUUCAUAAUUUUGGCCAUAUAGUAUAGCAAUCAGUAUUACAAUAUAACGUGCUGCUGCUUAUACAAAAUAAAUGGAAUAUUACAGAUAUAAUGGGUUUUAAUGCAGGUGCAUGAUCUGUGUCUGAUAUAGAUUUUAUCCAUUUAUCUAUUUAUUUAUUAAAUUUAUUCUAUUUUAUUCAUAUAAAAUUAUAAAACUACUGUAUUGUCAGAAACAGAAAUAGAAUCAUGAGCAUUCCCAGCCAUGUGGUGUAAAUAAAUCUCACAGUUCCUCAACCUCAGUGAUAUCACUCCAGUUCAUAACUAGCCUCAACUAUGGACAGGGUUUAUUAUUAUUUUUUUGUUUGAUUGUUUGUUUGUUUAUUUUUCACACAGUUGUGCAGUUAGUAUGCAUAGCUGCAAUAUGUUCUAAAAUCGAAACAUGCUAUACAAUAGCAUAGUUUUAAUAACAACAGUUAUUAAGGGAUUUAAAAAAACAGGGUCGUUCUUUGUUUUGCAAAGCCUUAAACCUGACCAUUUGCAUGAAAGAAAAUAUGUAAAAAAAAAAAAAUCUAAUAAUAGU